GCGUCAAGCGAACCGCCAGAUUUAAAUGGAUAAUGAUUCGCGCACCUGCUGUUGGAUAAACGCUACAAUUUUAUGAAGAUGGCUAAAACAAUAUCACCCUAUGACAUACUUGUUAACUUCGUUUCAUUGAUUACAUUUCUGUUUGAUGUAGGAACAGAUAUCCUAGUGACUGUUCAGUUCUUUGAAAAUGGUGACAUAGUGUGGGGAUCUUUGACAGCAGGAUUUGUGGGUGUGCCCACGCUGCUGAUUCAAAUCUUCAGUCUCAAGUGGCAUAUUUCGGAUAAGUCUCUCUCCGUAGCAACCUGUCUUCCUCAUCUGUUCCUGUUUGCUCCUGUCCAAAGGUAUCUCAGAGUGAUACGCUUAGCCCUGAAGGCUAGAUCAACUCGUAGUUUCAACGACAUUGACCGUGUUUACCGGGAACAGAAUGAUGUGUGUAUUCUUCGUCUGAUGGAGUCCUUCAUGGAGGCUGCACCCCAGCUGUGUCUGCAGCUCUACGUCAUCCUCCUCACCAACAAUGUCACAGUACUCACAGGGAUGUCAGUGUGCAGCUCUCUCAUCUCGCUGGCAUGGGCUCUGACGGCUUAUGGUGAUGGACUGCGACUGGCCUACAGAGACCUCUACAGGAGAAACUGGUGUGGCCUAGUGGUACACUGGCUCUGGCAGGCCUUCAUGACCUCUGCAAGAGUUAUGGCCCUUGUUAUGUUUGCUACAGUUUUCAAAGCUUGGGUGUUUCUUGCUGCGGGUAUUCACUGGAUAGCCAUGACAAUAUGGAUCUCUGUGAAAGGCACAGAUUUCGGAGAUGGAGUCUGUGAACGUGGCCUGUUUCAGAUGGUGGCUGGCUUCAUGUACAUCUUCUGCUUCCUGAACCUGCGUGAGGGUCGCAGUCGCUACCGCAUGCUGGUGUUCUACCUGGUGUUCUUCCUGGAGAACGCCGCACUGGUUGCUGUGUGGUUCACCUUCAAGGGAACAUCAUCUGUCCUGGACUAUGUAACACCAUCUGUGGUGUUUGGUGGAUUCCUGCUUGGUAUUCUGUGUCUCUUCUUGUACUACCGGUUCCUGCAUCCCGGGGGCCCCAUCUACCUGUACACCAUCAAGUCUACAGUACACAACACUGUCCUCAAUAACCAGCUGGAACCUCGUCCCGGUAUGUUUGAUGUGACUGCUGGUACCCUGAUGUCUGUGCUGGGCAGUGACAUCGUGGAGCUGAGUCGGGAUAUGGAUCAAACGACCUUGAACUUCAGCCGAGUCAGUAUGAGAUCCUCAGGGGGCUUCUCCCAGCAACACAUGCAGCUCGUGUGGGAGGCGGGACUAGCUGGUCGCAGCAGCUCAUCUGACAGCUCCCUCGACAUGAUGGACGGUCAAACAACUCGCAGCUACAACAAUGGGACGCUCACAUCAAGCAGAUCCGCCAACAGUACGAGACAGCUGCUUCAAGGGUCAAGGUCAUCGGUAAAUGAUAAUAGAGGAAGGAGGUACAAUGAUCAGGCAGAUCGUCGUGAUGAGACCAUGGAUUUCAACUCAACUGUCAGCUCAAGAUAUGUGCCAAGAAAUCGGAUAUUUACUCAGAAGGACAUCUAUGGCUUCCAUGAAGACCGAUUUAAAGGCACAUAUCAUAGUCCAAUGAAGAAAAGCUGCGAGUCUUUAGUGGUAAGACCAGUGUCACUGUCACCUCUGGAUGCCUCAAAACUGUGGGAGGAGACAGCUGGCAGACUAAGAGCCCCAUUGGUCGGGAGAGAUGAUGACACGUUGUCAACUCUCAAUGCCUCAGACCUUUUAGAGCAGUCGUACAGUCAUGAACAUUCAUCAAAAUGGGCUUCAUACAGUCAGAGAGAGGCAUCAAAUCUUGAUUUAUACAGCCAGAGUGCAGAAUCUAAUCUUGAAUCAUACAGCCAGCGAAAGGCAUCACAUCUGGAUUCCUACAGCCAGCGAGAGGCAUCACAUCUGGAUUCCUACAGCCAGAGAGAGGCAUCACAUCUGGAUUCCUACAGCCAGAGAGAAGCAUCACAUCUGGAUUCCUACAGCCAGAGAGAGGCAUCACAUCUGGAUUCCUACAGCCAGAGAGAGAUGUCAAAUCUAGAAUCCUACAGCCAGAGAGAGAUAUCUAAUCUAACUUCAUAUAGCCAAAGAGAAUCAUCAAAUAACAAAUCAUAUCGCCAAAGAGAUUUGUCAAAUGUUGAUUUGUACUGCCAGAGGGAAUCCCUGCACAACGUCACUGUUCAUUCAAACUCCAGCAGCCGCAGCAGAGGCAGGCAGUAUGGCAGGUCUGGGAGGAGCAGGUCAAACAGUAGAAGCAAGUUGGAGGUCAGCAGAGGUCACAUGAGUCUGCCACAGACAGCAUCUCCCAACUACAAUGCUUUUGAUCAUGGCUUUUUGGACACCUCUGUACCAGAUCUGACAGAUCCUCCUGAAUGUGUCAACAACUACAACCAUAUCUCUGGUUCCAGGGACUCAAGCCCAAUAUAUGAACACAUAUCACAAGAUUCAUCAAGGAUGGAUAGGUCCCCAGUGACAACAGCAGCUGAGCGGUACACUCCCUCUGUCAAUGUUGCAGACUAUAACUCCACGCCAUCACAUAUCAGUCCUUUAAUGAAAUCAAGAGAAUCAAACUCAACUGAAGAUGAGUCUGGGGUUUUCACCAAUACAUCUGCCAGAAGUGAGAAGAAGAGUUUACAGUAUCAUGACAUCUCGCUCCAGAAUUCCCCUGAGCCUAUAUACGCUGUGCCUUAUUCAGGAAACUCCCCUUCAUUUCACCAGACUCAGUCAGUGCCGGCUGUCAGUCGUCACAAGAGUCGCACCAACCCGGGGGUACCUGGUGCCAGUCGCCUCCAGUAUGGGGACAAUGAGGACAUCCCAGGAGCCUGCCGCAGCCUCGUCCCGGACACCCCAUGGAGGCUAGACUACCUGAAUCUGGAACCUCUGAAGACUGCCCUCCUGAAGGUGAAGGACAUGCCAGAGACCAAGAGACAGCUGGUCCGAGAGUAUAUCAAGGAUUUGAAUGAUUCUAUCACCAAUCAGCCCAGUCCUCUGAAGGUGCAAGAAUUCCAAAACUCACCAGCUAGGUUUGGACGGAGUGUGGAUCUCUUUAACAGCCGUGCUUGGCAGGCAGUCAAACAAAUUGUGGAAGACGAGACCGAUGAGUCGGAUGAAGGUCACAUUAAUGCAACAUUGCCAAGGUCACAACAAAGGUCAAGGACAUCGCUGCUCGUGGAUGAGUCAGGUGAUUUACACAGCAGGCCAUCAUCUGGUCAGUAUGAUUCUGGUGUCUUCUCCUACCAGCCAUUCCAGAGAAGCUACCUCGAUUCACAGAAUAAUGUGAAAGAGUCGUCUCCCUUUGGGACAUACAGACAUUCGUCUAAGAUGUCCAGCAUCAGAGGCAGUGAAGCAGGUGGAGCCCCUGUCAGAGGUUCACCCAUGCCGAUCAAAAACCGAUCCAAAGAUCAGGCGGAACGAAAGAAAUCACGAGACACCGAAUCUUUACAUGGUAAGCGGAGUGACUCCGAAAAAUCUCUUAAUGGUAGAUACAAGAAACGUCAAGAUCACAAGGAAAACUGUGGUUACAAAGACAGGUCCUUUGGACACAGUCAGUCUAGUCUCAACAGCUCCAACCUGGUUCAUCAUAUAUCUCCGCAGCAGGGGAAUGGUGACAGCUAUUUAAAUGUUCUCAAACCUCAACCAGUUCGUCACACCCAGACAAGCUCGCUCUUAUCAGAUGUGUGUCCAAGUCUUGCUGAUUCUUACCGGCAAGCCAUAAACAACAGUAAUAAUGUGCCUCAUAACCUGAAUCUCAGUCAGGAGUUAGGUCAGUCUGACCUUGACCUUCAGGAUGAGAACUUUGACCUUCAGACACAGGUUAAAGGUGACAGGAGAAUGUCAAAGGGACCUGAAAGACAACCUUUCAAACCUCUCCACAACACACCAGCAUUCUCCCCUAUUGGGGUGCCCGGCGGACAGGUUAGGAAGCCUUCAGAGCUAAACACGGACAUAGCGUACUCCAGCACGCCCAAACUGUCCUCAAGUCUCCACUCACUGGCUCUGAUUGAUGCUUACAACAGCCCCUUAGAUGAGUCAACCGAGAGUCAGAGAUCCAAAGUUCCAGUUAACAGCAGACUCAACACUGAUUCAACCCAUAGUCAGAGGCCAAGGGGUGGCGUAGCUGGACCUCGUCCACUUACAAGUGGCAAGAGUGUGGACAGAGCCAGGUCGUACGACUACAUCAGGUAAUGCAGAACAUCACCACUAACAUAUCAGCUGUGCAGGCAACGUGAGAUUGUACACAUCUCAACCUGUUGACUUGGAAGCUAGGAUGGACCAUUUCAGUAGUCAAAACUGUCUCAUAUGUGUGAAGUGUCAGUCUGUUUUAUCUUUGCUCAGGGUAAAAUGUUCCUUGUUGUUACCCCUAAGUCUUUUAGUAUAUUUCAGUACCGGGGUACUUUGUUGUUUCCGUAUUCUACUAUGUAUUGUUACACACCAGUAUUGGAUUGACAACUCAUCGAGUUGACUAGCAGCCAUUCUUGCUGUCCAUGUGUUAAUGUUGACUGGUCUUACUCAUCAGCUGACCAUGAUGACAAUUUGAGACACUAUGUCAGAGCCCAGUAAUACAGCUGGUCUGGAGAACCUGUAUUUCACCACAUUGUUAUGAAUGGAAUCGAUUUUUACCAUUUUACACAUUUUGAUAUUGUUUUUUUAUAACCUUCUUAAAGAUUUAAUGUAAGGAAAGAUAUUUUUUUAUGCACGUUUGACAUGAUUGAGAAUGUAUUUAAUCGAAUUGUUGUAAGUUUCAAUUUUACUAAUUGUUUUAAAUGUAAGUGUAUUGUGCCAUGAAGAUGAUUCAAAGAUCCAAACCGUGAUUCAGCCGUCAUACUUGUAUUUAGUUCACAUGAAUGAUGACUUCAUGCAUGCCUUUCCGUGCUACAGUCGUGACAAGUCAUACAUUUCUACAGUAUUUAGCUUAUAUUAGAUUAUACACAUGUAGGGCUGUAGUCAUGACAGUAGGCACCGUGUCUAUUCUUAUCAUUUACUAGUGCUUUGUGCCAUUUGGCAAACAUUCUCCAUGAAAGACUUUAGAAAUCCCACUUCAUUUUGGGUUAUCAAAACUUAUGGGGUCAAACAAGCCUCUCAUGGAUACCUGUAAUAUGCCUGACUGCUAAUAACAAGAGGUAAUAGGUACAGAGAGCAAGAAUAUUCUAUAUUUUUCACAUGUUGGGAUAACUCUAUAUAAUACCAGGAAUCAUGAUAUUAAAUAUGUUUUACCAGCAUCACCAUCUUCAUUAUCAUUGUAUCUGUUUUGCAUCUUUUGUCUUUAGAACAAAUUUCAGUUAUCAAUAAUUUAGCAAUAACAAAGGGGAAUCUCUCAGUCUGGACACUCUCUUAUCUGGAUUUCUCUCAAAACAAGACCUCAUUUCCAGUCCCGUAUUUAUUGACAUUUCUUUCAUCUGUCUUAUUUCAUUUUCUGCUGCUAUAUAUUACCACUAAACCAAAAUUCUGUCUAAACAGGGGACAACUUUAUUAGUGGUAGUCCAGUUUAGAGAGGUUCCACUGUUGUGAUAUGUUUCCCCUGUUGCCCAGUGUCUCUACUGGAGUGAAGUGUUCCACUUAUCAGGGUAAAAACAACUGAUAACAUCACAAUAAGUAAAUAACCUGUAAAUAGCAUGCUAGUAGGUAAUUUAUGUUGUUGCUAGUUGACAGUAGAAUGUUAUUUAUAGUGUAUUACAUGUUUUUGUUGACAGGCGAAUAUUUAUGGUGACGUAUACCAGCGAAAAUACUCAGUAAGAUAUUUGUGAGUUCUUAGACAGAUUUUGUAGUUGUGACUAGUUGCUUGAUGUGGUUAUAUUACUGAUGAUGUGUCAUGUGAUGUCAAGGAGCAGUAUAGUUGCUAUAGUUACUGAACUACAAGAGGCUGCUGACAUGGCCUUGCAUUUCUAUCUCUCCCUUGAGAAGGUCUUACCAUUUGAUAAAAGGCUUCAAUCUGGCAACCAUUUUUAACACUGCUUUAGAGUAAACAUGUUAUAUGUAUUUUGUUUCUAUUGAUAUUACAGCAAGUGAAAAGUCUGUAACACAGCCAUUGACUAAUAUUUGGAAUAUUGGAAUAAGAUUUUGGUGGUUUAUUUAGACAUACAUAUGGAGCCAUUCUGAUAAUGCAAUUGAGAAUGUCAUAAUACAUGUUUUUGAAAAACAUAUUUUGGUUGUAUUUUUGGCUUUAAAAGGCCUUAAUUCUCCAACUUUGCAUAAAUCUUGAUUACGUUAAGCUCUAAGUGAACAUUUGCCUCAGCAACAGAACCAUAAUCUACAUUAAGGAUUGAGGCACAGACUACUCUUGCUAUGAUUAUGCACGACAUCAUUUGUUCAGAGGUUUAAUAUCAAGCUCUAAAUCACAGUGUACCUGUUUGUACCUACACAGAGCUAUAUGCACUGGGAAUGUUCCACCAGAUAACAGUGGAACACAGUGUUUGUACCUGUUCAGCUCUACAAGUAUCGGAGCAUCAUCAGUAUAAACUAUUAUUAUUGUCCUUGAUGUUGUCUUCUGUAGAAUGUAAUCACUGUAUAUUGAUGUCAUUUCACUUCUGUGUUCAAUUUCUUGUUCUGUGUCUGGUAACAUUCUUCCCUUUCAGCUUAAGCAGUUUUUGUAGGUGAAUUGAUUUCUAGGUUUGAAAACCACUGGCUGGUGUAUAAAUCUAUGCUUCUAGUCAAUUAUGUUUAAAUUUAUGAGUUUAGAUUUCUCUCUGUAACAAAAUGAACUGAUAAAUAGUCAAAAGCUAAUUUAUUUCAGAUGCAGUUUUUCUUGUAUAUAACCGUAGUGAGUAGUCAGUAGUCACUAGAGUAAAUAAAUCUUACAACAGUU